CGGUAGAAAUAUUAAGGCAGAAGAGAAUAAAAAGCUAAAAGACCUGGAAUUGCAGCAGGAAGAAAAACUGGCAACUGAAUUAGCAAGAUUAAACCACGACAAACUUAAAGAUGAAAAAAUGAGGCAACAAAUCAAAGAAAAUAGUAUUGAACUGCGGGAACUGGAGAGGAAAUUGCAAUCUGCAUAUAUGAAUAAAGAGAGGGCUGUUCAGAUUGCUGAGAAAGAAGCUCUGAAAUACGAAAAAAUGAAGGAGGAUGCAGAAAUCUACCAAGCAAUGAAGGAAGAGCAAGGAAGAGCAGCCAAGACAGAGAAUGCUGUUGAAACGAGACGCAAUCAGGAGAAGUUGCUCUAUCAGCAAGAACUGGAGAAACAGCUGGAGGAAGAAGAAAGGCGGAAGCAGGCUGCUUACAAGGAGUUCCUUAGAGAGAAACUCUUGAUUGAUGAAAUUGUGAGGAAGAUCUAUGAGGAAGAUGAAAAGGCAAGACAAGACAGACUAGAGAAAAAGAGAACCACGCAGAAAUUCAUUGAAGAAUUCCAAAAAGACCAGGCCCUGCGGAGGAGACGACAGCAUGAGGAGAUGGAAGAGGAAAACCGAAAGAUCAUGGAAUUUGCUAACAUGUGGCAGGAGAGAGAAGACAACCGGAUGGCAAAGAUUCAUGAAAAUGAGGAGAAAAAAAGGAAGCUCCAGCAAAUGCUUGCAGACAUCCUGAAAAAAGAACAGCAGGAGCGAGAAGAACUUGAGCAAAUCCGAGCUGAGUUGCACUUUGAAGAACAGGCUGAGACAGAGAGGAAGAAGGAGAUGGAAGAGUUGGAGAAGAGGAUCAGACAGCGCCUAGAGCUCCAGAACUCCUAUGAAGAACAGCUGGCUUUAAGGAAGAUGCUGCUGCAGGACUUGAAGGAAGAGGAGGAGGCCUUUGGCCAGGCCAUGUUAGCUAAAUUUGCAGAAGAUGACUGUAUUGAGCAGAUGAACGCUCAGAAACGAAGAAUGAAGCAACUCGAACAUAGGAGAGAAGUGGAGAAGCUGAUCCAAGAACGACGCAAACAGGUUAUUGCAGACAAGGAAAGCGAACUAGAAGAAAGACAAAUAGAAGAAAGGAGAAGAGGAAUCGUUGCUGAUAUUAUUGAGGAAGAGCGGCAGAAGCUUCUUAAAGAGCACGCAGUUAAACUGCUGGGGUAUCUUCCACGGGGAAUCCUUAAAGAUGAGCAAGACGUCAAUAUGCUUGGAGAAGAGUUCCGGCAAGCUUACCAAAAGAGGCCAGCAGGGGGGCCAUCAGAAGUCAACUGAGUUUUCAUUGCUUCACCUGAAGAACCCACCUAGAAGUUACUCCACCCUAUGGACUGCAGUCGCUGCUACACAGACUUAAAAAAAAAAGAUGACUUUUAUAUUGAUAAAUGCAAUAUUCUUUGCAAUAUUCAUUUAUAUUUAUUAUUAUUAUUUGGUUGACCUUUCUUCAGCUCUGGGCAAUGUAACUGCCUCUUCCCCGUUCUUCCUCACAACAACCCUGUGAGGAGCCCCAAGUCAUCCAGUGAGCUACCAUGGCUGAGAGUAGAUCUAAAUUCAGAUCUCCCCACUGCCAUUCCAGCACUUCAGCUCUGUGCUAUACUGGUUGUAUCUGGAUUUAAUUUUAGUUGAAAGAACUAGAGUUCUCUUUGCAGAUAGAUUGAUAAUUCCAAAUAUUAGAAGCAUUUUUAACAAAUUGUAUUAUCCUUUGCUUAGUUAGCGAUUUAAGGAAAACAAAAAACCAUGCCAUUAGGGCACUCUUGAAUGUUAAUAGCUUUUUUUUUAGUGUUGCAGCUUUCAUUACUUUAAUUAGCUAUUAUUUUUGAUACAAUGCACUAUUACAUUUGUUCUAUUAACUGAAAAAUGCUCAAGAUCAAUUAUUUCCUGUAGUUUUAUUUUGAAGAAAAAAUCCUUUGUAAAGCUACUUCCAAUAAUAAAGGUGAGCAUCCACAU